AUGCUGAAGGGCAAGUGGUGCCUGGUGACGGGCGGCGGUCGCGGCAUCGGCCGCACGAUCGCCCUCGCCCUCGCCAAGGAAUCCGCGUCCCUGGCCCUGACGGCCCGAUCGCUGGAACAGCUGGAAUCCGCGGCCGCUGAGUGCAAGGCGGCCGGCGCGCCGGAGGUGGAAGUCUACACGGCUGAUGUUACGGACCCCAAGGCGAUGGACGGGCUGGCGGCGAAGCUGUUGGAGAAGCACGGAUGCGUCUCAGUGUUGGUGAACAAUGCCGGCAUCCUCGCAAAUGGGAUGAGCGCUCUUGAGGGGGACCCCGAUGAGUGGGAGAAGAUGAUGGUGGCAGACCUUACAACUCCAAUGCGGCUGACGCGCCUCCUGGCUCCUGCCAUGGUGGAGCGCAAAGAUGGCGCGAUCAUCAACAUCUGCUCCGUCCUUGGCGUGGAUCCCAGUUCUUUUGCAGCAGCCUACUGUGCUGCCAAGUUCGGCCUGCGGGGCUGGUCACUGUCCUCCCACGAGACCCUCCGACGUAGCAACGUGAAAGUGGUCUGCAUCAACCCUGGACUUGUGCGCACCCCGCUGGCAGGGGGGAUGCCUGGCGCGGUCCCAGAGGACAUGAUAAGCCCGGACGACGUUGCUGAGGCGUGUCUGCUGGCUCUGAGGACCAGCACAAAGUGCGUCCCAACAGAAAUCACGCUCAGGAACGCGCAGAAUUGUGGCUAUAUGUUGUACGACCCGACGGAGCUGAUGAUGGAGAAGAUGGCUGCGUCCCAGAAGUGA